AUGAACGGUUUCGCCACCAUUCUGCUGCUGUCACUCAUUAUGGGAGUGGCGGCGUUUGUCGCAGGGCUUCUGCCGGUCAUUUUACCGCUUUCUCCGGCCAAAAUCAGAGCGAUAUCGGCUCUCGGAAUGGGCAUUUUGCUGGGCACAUCGCUGAUUGUGAUCAUUCCCGAGGGAGUUGAGACUCUCUACAACGAGACAGGCGAGGAUAGCGGCAGCGGAGCUCCGGCAGUCGGCAUUUCGUUGCUUCUCGGCUUUCUCAUCAUGUAUCUGAUCGACAACAUUCCCUUGAUCAGCCAGAUUUGGAAGGGAAAAGGAAACUUCCAGCGGGUGGACGUGGAGCUGGGAGAAGUAGACACCGGGGACGCAGAGACCAUUGUGGAUGACUCGCGAGCCAGUACGGCAAACUCGACUUCUCAGUCGACUGCCAACAGUGCCGGACAGGCUUCUGCUCGGGCUACAACUACAGGACUGGUGAUCCAUGCUCUGGCCGAUGGAGUGGCUGUGGGCUCGUCCGUGUCUGCCGGCAACUCCAAGCUGGAGCUCAUCAUCUUUGUGGCCAUCAUGAUCCACAAGGCGCCUGCUGCUUUUGGUCUGUCUGCUGUUCUGCUGCGAUGUGGUCUUACCAAUGGUCAGGUCAAACUGCAUCUGGGAGCUUUCGCCGCUUCGACGCCCGUGGGCUCGAUUCUCACUUGGGCCUUGAUCAAGGUGAUUGCGGGAGACUCCUCGGGGGGAUCGACAGGCUCGGGCUCCAUACACUGGUGGACUGCUGUGCUACUGUUGUUCAGUGGCGGCACAUUCCUGUACGUGGCUGUUCACGUGAUGCAGGAACUGACCGGCGAGGAUCAUGGGAGCCAGGCAAAGGCCAGUGAAAAGUUUACCCCGGCCGACCUGGGCUUUUCGGUCAUUGGAAUGUUGAUCCCGUUGCUGACCUUGUUCCUGCCGGAUGUGGAGUAA